AUGGUACGCUGUCCAAAACUCUUCAAAUGGCUUACUAAGGCGAGUGAUGUGGCUAUUAGCCGUCGUAAGAAGCAGGGUGAAAGUGAUUUUGGAACGCUGGGUCGUAAUUAUAAGAAAGAAGAAACUAUAAUAAAUAAAGAGAUAAAAACUUUCGGUACUGUGGAAGACGAUGGUUUGGAAUCAAAAGAGUUUCAUCAAAUGAGUAAGAAGAAAUAUCGUAGUCUUCCUGUUCCAUCAUUAAGGAAGUCUCAAGUAAUGGAUGAAAAUCAAAAAAUACUUGUGGACAAGCGUCGAUUUUGCAUGGUCGAUCCUUUUAUUCCUUCUCAUAAUAGAUGUCAUACCAUAGAUUCUACACGAACAUAUACUCCGUUUUGCGGGUUUGAUGGUCAACCUGAAAAUUUUUCAAAAAAAGAUUUUAAUAUGGUUGAUGAUAAUUCAAAGGUUAAAUUGGAUUUUAUAAAUGAAUCUAAUGAAGAAUCUCCGGCAACUAUUUUGGUAGCAAAAAAAGCUAUUCUCACUAGGCAUGGUCAAUUUAGUGUUCAUUCUGCUCGUUUGAUUCGAGGUGGUUCUAUACAUGGUUAUAGUCAUGUUAUUAAAAAAGAUGAUGAUAAUCGGAAAAGUGCUACUCAUUUCGGUGUCACUCAAGUCAAACUUCAUGCUAAAAAUGUAUUAAGGUUUUCAUCUUUAAUAACUGAAUCAACUACAAUGGAUUAUUUUAAUGAAAUUAAACCAAUGAUUAUUUAUUUGAAUUAUUUGGAUCAAAUUUCAAUAAUUGAAUCACCAGAAAAACCAAUAAAUAUACAAGAAAUCACGAAAAUAGGUCAAAAACCAGGAAUUUGUCAAUGUGGUAAACAAAUUGCAUAUGUCGGUUAUUCUGCUCAUUGGUGUCAAAGUUGUGAAUCAAAACGAUUUGAAAAGACAUUUGAUCCAGUAACAAAGAAUUAUAUAUUGGUCAUGCAAUACGCGAGAAAUGGUGAUUUAACAAAGUAUUUAAUGAGUAGUAAUUCUACUAUCACAUGGGAACGACGUUUGGAAAUUCUCUAUGGUGUUGCUACUGGAGAAUGGCUAGUAGAAAUUUCUGAUGGACUUUCAACAGACAUAACAAAAGAAUUUCAAAUUGCUGAAAAAAAACGUUUAGAAAUCGUAAAUCAGAAACAAUAUAAUCAAAAAGAAAAUAAUCAGCAUGAAACUAUAAAUAUUAAUCGAUAUAUUAAAUCAGAUCAUUUAAAAAAUCGAACAAUGUCUUUCACUAGAACUCAUAAUCCGAAAGAACAUUUUUCCGUCUGCGAAUAUAUGGCCGCAGAAACUGCUUUAUAUAGUUUGAAAUUCGCGACUAUUCAAGCAGAUAAUACAAAAGUCGCAGCGGAAGUUUAUGAUAUAUUACAAUACUGGUAA